CAGAUGGAAUGCCAGAGGAUGACAAUGCUGUAGUUGAAAUAAGCCUGAAACUUGCAAGUGUUUAUGCCUCCAGAAAGGACUAUGAGAAGGCUGUGGAGGGAUUUCAUUUCUGCAUCGGCACACAGGAGACUAAGAUAAAGAAGAUUGGUGAGAAGAAUCUUGAUGAAGACACCCUCUUACUCUGGGCUAUGAGCAUGGACUGGUAUGCACGAUUCCUGCUGAGCAUUCAGAAGUAUGAAAUGGCAAAAAUACAUUUCAUUAAGGCAUAUGAGAUGAGUGAGCGUGUAAAUGGUCCAGGGCACUCGCAGACUGCAGUUUUGUUAAAUGAUAUUGGGUCUGUCUGCUCUCUACAGAAAAAUUAUGCUGAAGCUGUUGAAUAUUUGGAAAAAGCUAUUGAUGCUGCAAGAAUAUCUCAGAGUGCAGACAUAGCAUCAUUUUAUGUAAAUCUUGGUGCCAUUUAUCUACAGCAGGAAAUAUUUAAGUAAUGCAGAGAGAUAUUGUAAAGAGGGAUUGUUAUUAGCAAGAAAAAUGAAGAAUGAAGAGGCUGUGGAUGAGGCAAAUAGUUGUUUAGUAGAGAUUAAUAAUAUAAGAAAAAAAAAGUAGGUUUUUAAUUGUAAAAGUUGGGAUUAUGUUUAGUAGUCAUUUGUUUCUCAUUUAAAGAGAAUUGUAAAGAUUUUUGUAAGCUGGUCGAAAAUCCAUAUUUUGCAGUUAAUGAGAUUAAAUAUUUUGUUUCCUUAUAUGUUAUGUUAACAUUAUUGAGGCUGUAAAACCAUAUUUGAUAGAAAAUAGAACUGAAUAUGUGUCUUAAAAAUCUUGAUGAUCAUUGAGAAAGGAGAGAUAAUCCUCAUCAGUUUAAACAAUAUCAUUCUGCUCGCAUACAAAGAUUUCCAUCUUUUCUUUUCUUCCAUCCCUCUUUUACUUGUUUUUUCCUUCUUUCCUUUCCUUUUCUUCCCUUCUCUCUUCCUCCCUACCUCCCUCCCUUUAGAUAAUUCAGCAUUGCUUUAUGUUACAGAUUCUGUUGCUCAUUGUCUUUUAUUUGUAAAUGACAUUUAUAUACAUGAAUCGGAAUCUUUAGAAGUGAUAAAUAGCAGCUGAGUCAUGUCAUUUACCUAGCUAUUUUGGGGAAUGACCUAAAUAAGCUUUGUAAAUAGAUCUAAUAGAUCACAAUCUAAUCCCCAUUAGAUUGUGCUUGCAUCAUAAUUUCAUUUUAUCUAUUUAUUUUGAUGAUUUGUGGUGGUUAUAAAAGAUUUUCAAGUUGUCCUGAUGAAUAAUAGAAGAGAAGACUGAAUGUAUUGUACCAUAUUGUAUAUUGUUUUAUACAGAUUUGUAAUGAAUAGCAUUUUCCCUGAUGAAAUAGGGAUCAAGUAUAUUGAUUAAUAGAGAGGUUUUAUGCAACUAAUGCUCUCUGGAUUAUUGAAUUUAACAGGAAUUUGAAAACACUGCAUGCAAUAGAUGUGCUUAUUUUACAUGACUGUACUUAUGCAAAAUUACAUUUUACUUCUGUGAAGCUUCUUUAUAUGUAUGCAGGUUUCUAACUAAUCUCAUCUGAAUUAAACUUGAUUCAUGUAAAUUAAUCCUGAUGCCUAUAAACCAAAAAUCUAUUAAAAUUUAUGUGAAAUUA